AUGAAAGAGAGCGAGGACGGCGGCCGCCGCCGCCGCAGGCCCCAAACCCAGGCGAGUGACGAGGCCGUCGGAGUGACCCGCCGCCAUCCCCAGCUUCACGCGAGCGAGGAGGUUGCCGGAGUGGCUCGCCGCCGCCCCCGUUCCCAGAUCCGCGCGACUAGCGAGGGCGCUGAAGUGAUCUGCCGCCGCGGAGUCUUCCCGCCGGCGCUGGCGUCGCCGAUCGAAGACGACGACCUCCUGAGGGAGAUCCUCCUUCGUCUCCCGCCGCAGCCCUCCUUGCUCGUCCGGGCCUCCGCGGUCUGCAAGCAGUGGCGGUGCGCGGCCACCGACCCCAAGUUCCUCCGCCGCUUCCGCCUCCACCACCGGAAGCCGCCCCUCCUCGGCCUCUUCCACCGCCGCAAGGAUGAUAUCGUCUUCACCCCCGUCAUGGACCGUCCCGACCGAAUCCCUCCAAGUCGUUUCGACCUGCAUCUCCUGGACACCGACAGCCACAACAUGUGGAUGGUGGAACUGCUUGAUUGCCGCCACGGCCGCGUCCUUCUCAUGGACACACUAUGGGAUGAGGUCAUCAUGUGCGAACCUAUCACCGGCGAGCAGCACCGCUUGACCGUUCCGGCAGAGUUCGUAAGGAACCGGUUCACCGGGGCUGUGCUCUGUGCUGCCAUCGACCAUGACCACGUGCACGGAAGCUGCCACUUGAGCCCAUUCAAUGUGGUGUUGAUCUCCGUUUUCGGAGGGAAUAAUCAACCUAUCGCGUGUGUUUACUCCUCGGAGAUUGGUGAAUGGGGUGAUAUCAUUCCAUCAACCGUUUCAUUUGAGCUUUUUUACGAACAUACCCCUGGGUUGCUUGUUGGUAAUGCCCUUUACUGGUUGUUGGAUUCUAUAGGCAAUGAUAUACUUAAGUUUGAUUUGGAUGAGCAGAGCCUAGCUGUGAUUAGGGGGCCUCCUCUUACAAAUGAUUUUCGCCAUGGUAGUCAUUGCAUCAUCCAGGCUGGGGAUGGCGUGAUUGGGUUCGCCAUAUUGUCUUACCCUCACUUACAAAUGUGGCAGAGGAAUAUCAAUUUUCAUGGUGUUGCCACAUGGGUGCUAUGGAAAACAAUUGAUAUGCGUAUGAUUAUUGGGCUCCCUAAACAGAUUCAAGGAAAGAGGGCAGUUGUGAGACGUAUAUUGGGAUCCCUUGAGGAUAGUGAUGAAAUACUUCUAUCUGUGGGCCGUGGUGCCUAUAAGGUUCAACUUAAGUCGAUGAAGCCUAAAAAACUUUGUGAAAACGGUUAUUUAACUCGCUAUCAUUCUUUCACCAGUUUCUAUCCUCCAGGCACAUCUAUUGCUGGUGGAUUUGAUGGAGCUGACAUGAUGCAUGAUACACAAGGUGAUAGUUUGGUUUGAUCUUCUAAUGUGCUGAAAUGGUAACAGGUGAAGAAGGGCUGCUGCAGAUGUUAGUUGUCACUGAAUUUGUCGCAUUCCAUAAAUGCCGUCGGCAGUGUUUAUAUGUUACCUAAAACAACUUACUGUGUCUUAUUCUAGCCAAGUCUCUAUAAUGUAGCAAGAUGCUUUUGAAUACCUGAUCCAGGGAAUUUCAACUUACUAGCAUUGUAUCAAGUCGGAUUUCGUGGUCUUGUUAGUUGUUUGUGCUUGGCAGCUCUUGUGUUGAGCCAUGAUAGUUUCAGCGUCAUGUAUCACCGAAACGUGUUUGUUUGAGUGUGCUUGU